AUGGUGACCGUGGAGUCGUACCAGGCCGAGAACACGGCUGGCCCGAACAUGCUCGCGUGGCUGUCUCACUGGAAGGACGUGCUGAUCCCAGGAUACAUACCUUCGUGGCGGAUCUCGGCGAUGGUGAGCUUCAACAGGCCCAUGCUGCAGCGCUCCAUCCUGGUCGCAUUCCAUGGGCACUCGUCGUCCAGCGAGAGCGUGGGGCACAUGUACAGGAGGAGCCCUCUUGCGGCCGUGCGGGACCGCGUGAUGGCCUACUUCGCCAACCAAUCGGGCUGCAGCGUGGGACCACCAGUGCGCGACUACUACCGGCGCAUGGGCAUGAGCAGGUUCUGUUUGGUGCCAGCCGGGCUAACUGCAUGGACGAUUCACCUGUACGAGGCAUUCUUCUUCGGAUGCGUGCCCGUGAUUCUCUCCGACGAGCUGACAGUGCCGUUCCAGGGGGAGAUUGACUGGCCGAGCUUGUCGCUACAGGUGCCUUCGGACAUUGACAUGGCCGAGCUCCACGGCAGGCUGGAGUCCUUCAGCUUGGGACGGUUGAAGGCCAUGUACCGUGGCCUGCACGCUGCCCGCUGUUGGUUCGACUACUCUCGCGGCUGGGGCGCCGAGGGCCUGAUCUCCGGUGACGCGGGCGCGUGCUCUCCUUACCUGGGCCUGAUGCGGGGGCUGGAGCGGCGGGCGGUCGCGGCGCGCGAGGGGCCCUAUGGCCUGCCAGCCUUCUGGGCGCCGCCGCCGCGUACGUGA